GGACACUGACGCCCACGCACUACCAGACCGACCUGACCCUGCACCAACCACCCCCCCAAGAACCCCCCUCCAACAGCCCAGACCCAGACAGCCAGACGCAGCCAGGCCAAGGACCCAGACCAACCAACGCUGCACCAGGGCCAAAAGCGGAAACAACGAAGAGCGAACAGCAGAUCAGAAAACGAUUGUCCAUUGUUGGCCUUGCGGAACGACCGACGGGCGGGACAACGGACAACGGAUAACGGACAACAGACAAGCUGACGAGACGACCUGCGUGUUCGGUCAUCCCCUUGGACUUGCACUUGCACCUCAUCACCAAAACCCUCGUCGCCGCAACACACCGUCAUCACCAGGCUCGGUUUGACUGAUUGAUGAUCCCUUGCCUUUUCUUCCCCUUACAGUCCUUGCCCCCAGCUGCAUCGCAUCUCUUGACUUGCCCUGUCCUGCUCUGGCCGAUUUGUUCAGUUCAUCAUCUCAAAUCUACUCUGGCCCAUCACCAACUGCUUGCCCAGAACACACACAGCAUUUCAUUACCUACCGACUUACCCACUCUCGUUCGUCCCAAGGGUCAAGGGUCUUGGCAGCUCACACCACAGCCAGACAGCCAGCCAAAGAAAAGAGUCUGAUGCCCUGACCGUACCUCCGUUGCGUCGCCGCCUUUGCUCUCAUUGCAGAUCCCGAGACACAUCAUCAACGACACCAACGAGGAGCAUCGACAUUGCAAUCGCCCAUUGCAUCCCUAGCAAGCACGCCGCAUCACAUAAGCCACCACACACAAGCUCGGCACCCGCCUGGCCAGCCCUCCGUCCACGGGUGUAUCCGCCUGCAGCUCAAAAGACCCAUCCAAACUUCCUCGUGACGUCCUGUUUCGGCUGCUGGCGCUCCCCCCGAAAGAGAACAACAACAGCUAUGCUUUGAUCAAGGCGUCCGCUGCUCCCUUACCCACCACGUUUCCCAAUUCCCCACCGCCUGUCGCCUGCACCGUCUUUUUUGACGCCCUCGACGCCUUCACCCUCGCCAGAGAGCUGCUGCCGCCGCCGUCGCCGCCGCUGCUGCGUACUCGACCUAAAGUUGCUAGUACCCGCGCCUGUCGCAUCCCGCCUUCCCCAACCACCCCGGGCCGGCAUCAGGCGCCCGACCAGUCGACCUUCGCUACACCGCCGUGCUGCUGCUUGAUUGCAUUUGGUGCAACUCGCCCAACAUGUCGGAACCUCUGUCCGCCGAUGAGGUUGACCGGUACACCGCGAUUAUCGAUGACAUCCUUGCCACUGCCGAUCUCGCGACUGUCUCGCGCAAAAAAGUGCGACAGGCACUGGAACGUUCGCUUGGAGGGAAGGACCUGAGCGACCAGAAGAAUGCUAUCAAGACCCUCAUCGAGCAGCGCUUCGACGCCAUAGCUGAGGACCCGACGCCUCCCGAGGCUAUGCCCACGCCCCCACACAAGUACGAUGACGAUGUCGCCAGCAAUGGCUUGCCAAACGGCACCAAGCAAGAGCAUGGGGAUACAGAUGGCGAUGCCUUGGACGACGCGUCCGGGGGCGAGAUCCAGGUGUCGACGGCGCCCCGCAAGAAGCGAACGUCGUCAAUGGUCGAGGAUGAGGAUGCCCGCCUCGCCCGCGAGCUGCAGGCGCAGGAGAACCAGCUAGCACGCGGCCGGCAGACCAGGCGCGGGAACGACCGGCCCAAGACAAAGUCCAAGCCCAAGAAGAAGAGCUCCGCCAAGGUGAAGGAUGAUAGCGACCUGGACACCGAGGACUCGGGCACCACAAAGAAGCGCAAGGCCGGCGGCGGGUUCCAGAAGGAGUUCAACCUCAGCUUCCCGCUGCAGGAGAUCGUGGGGGCCGAGAGGCUGUCGCGUCCGCAAGUUGUCAAAAAGCUCUGGGAGCACAUCAAGGCGAACGACCUGCAGGAGCCCACCGACAAGCGCCAGAUCCGCUGCGACGAGAAGCUCCAGGCAGUAUUCAAGCAGAGCACCGUCAACAUGUUCUCCAUGAACAAGCUCCUCGGCAGCCAGCUCUACCCGCUCGACGAGUGACCCCAACCCGACCGGCGAGUCGACACGCCCCUUUUCCCAGGGGUUGGGUGCAAUCCGAUGAAAGGGAAAACAGAAUAUCGGAAUAUCGGAUGGGUAGAGCGACUGGCGCUACAUUUGGCAACCACGGAUGGGCUGUGGGCUGUGCACUGUGAUUUGGGGCAGGCGUUCUUGAAAUACGACCUAAUGAUUUGCAUACAUAGGGGUUGGAAUCUGCGGUUUGGUAGGAGUAGGAUAUCCUCGAGACCCCCUGGCCGAUACUCGAGCGACACUGGUCCGUCCUGUUCGUCCUGUCUGGGGCCAUGCUGGAAGGAGCCCUGGACACGACAGAGACGGCGCCUGACGCCCCACGAGGCUUUCCAGCCAGCACGAGGGGCCAUUUGAUGGCGUGCCCAUUUGGUUGCUGGCGGGAUAAUCACUUAUUUUUGGGCGGCACAGCGCAAACUAGUCAUACGGUAACAGCAAACGUAGCUGAAUCAAUCCUAAACAUAUUUAUUGGCCAUGAGUGUGGACAAGAUGUGGUGAACUGUGGCGCAACGCUGCCAGGGCGUCAGGGCCAAGCUUUUUGUGUGCAGACGGAGAGCCACACCUAAUAAGCCGGAAUGCAGGGUGCCAUGUCGCAGAUUGAGGAUCUCUUGAGAUACAGACUCUUGAAGAUGAGACGAGACGAGACGAGCCAAGAGGAACACGAUCAGUGCUGAGGACAAUCGGCCAUGGUGAUUCCUCGGGCGGGUCUUGCCGUGCACACCUUUUUGGGGGCGGCUUCUG